AUUUUUAUUUGGUUAUGGUAUUCGAUACAAAUUUAGAGAAAAAUGCCAAAAAAAUGCCAAAAAAUGCAAAUUCAAUCAUUGGCCCAAAACAAAAAUGGCAAAAAUGGCAAGAAACCCACCCAUCGGAGGCGGACCUCCUCACCGGUGAUUCGUCAAAAUCCCAUAUUUUGAUCGGAGGUAUCUCCACAAGACCCUUUUUCUGGAGUCUCACCCAAAAAUCUAUGAGCAACCUCACAAUUCUCAAGUAUAGAAGUCGUCGCUAAUCCUGGAAUAUCAUCACUUAUUUUCUUCAAAAAAAUUUCAUCAAUUCCGCCAAUCAUCAAAAAAACUACCUGUCACAAUUGUCAAUUAUUUUUGGAGAAGUACUACCGUUGCAACCAUAUCUCGUGGCUCUUCGGCCGAAGAACGACUUCGACUUCGACAACACAACACAACAUCAAACAUAGCUUGGAUAGCCACCAUUCAGUUACAACCACAAGACAGGGUAAAAAACUGUAUUGCACUGUUCUUCCAUGCUGUUUGAACCACCAGGGAAAAUAGAAAGGAUACGGAUGCCAUAAAACUUUAAAGAGAUGUGGCAAGACGACUGUUGGGAAUUCACGAUAUAAACUACUGCAACUACAGGAACUAUUCGCAGCGGCGGCCGAUAUUCGCAACCCUCGUGUUGCUAUGAAUCCCGACUCGGUAUCUAGUUCUAAUUCCGGAACGGCUCCAACGCGGAAGGAUCGAGGACCGAUCGCGAGUCAGGUUGGUACUUAUUUGCUACCCACCUUCAUCAUUCUCUCCUUUUCGAUGGGGUCCACUACUAUUUUUCCGCGUGUAUAGUCUUGGCUGCCUCAUGUUACCUUAUAUAUUAUAAAUGGUGGCUGACAUUCAACUUCUGAAGGCUUGCGAUGUUUGCCGACAACGAAAGCAAAGAUGUGACGAGAAGCGACCGAAGUGUGGUCUUUGCACACGUUUGAAGAUAGAAUGCAAUUAUAGGGAGCCCGUGCCGACAAAGUAAGUGCCAUGAGGCAUAUUUCAGGCCACUUGAUAUCACCGAGGGGAUUCGAUCUACUUUUAGUAUACUCACUUGUCUUGACCCUGACUGAGAGCGCUAUAGGAAAGACAAAACGAUGGUUGAAAUCCUGGAUCGAGUAAAAAGUAUAGAAAAUAAACUUGAUCGACUUCCUCAACGAGUCGUAGGAGGUACAUCAGAUUCUAAAUCAUUUCAGACAACGCCUGCCAAUCAACCGUCGUAUAGCGAGUCCUUCAACUUCGAUUCCGAGGGACAUGCAUUUUCUCCUACGUUUUUACGCCCUUAUGAACUUAGUCCUGGUCGAUUGGAAAUAGAGACUAAAUAUCAUCAUUUUACAGCGUCCCAUAAGAUUUUGACAUGGCCUGCUGUACAACAACUUCUACUACAAGCAGUGUCGUCGAACAUUGGUGAUUUGAAAGACUUGGAAAAGGGGUCAGUGUUCAUAGUGCGAAUGCAGGCUGCACGGCCUCCGUUAUCCUUAAAUGUAGACCUACAAGACAAACCUUUUGUGGGCAUGCAGUCGUUGGCGAGUAGAGCUGUUGGAGGCUCGCGAAUAACGUUCCCUGCUUUGUCCCGGGAAACCAUGCAUCAACUGACAACGUCUUAUUUUGAUACAUUUAACUUCCUGUACCCCUUCAUGGAUAGGCAAAAUUUUGUUUCUGACACUCUUACAAAAGUUACAUCAGAAGGCUUCGAUGGAGAUGUGGAAUCUGUCCUUGCAUUGCUAAUUUUCGCUCUCGGAGAUGUGGCACUCGAAGGUUCCCGCGGUAGUCCUGUCGAUAUUUACCGGGGCCGGCCAAGUGGCGUCAGGGGUGGAUCAGGGUCAUCUAGACCACCAGGAUUAGCUUUUUUUAAUGAAGCGUUGAAAAGAAUCGGCUGCAUCUUUACUGACUGCAGUCUUGAGAAUGUGCAGAUAUUUUGUCUGACUGCGUGCGUCCAAUCUCAUAAAAACAAAGCCUAUCGAACUCGCUUGUUGACUUCUUGCCUCAGAUUGUACUACCAAACCUGUUGCCGCCAUAUGGUAAUUAUUAGAUCCAAAAUCUUUUAUGAGUGGCAGUUGAUGUAAUCGUAGGAAUUUUGGAGGUCGAUGGUUUCUGCUUCUUCGUCAUGUAAUAUACUUAUCACGUCGUCAGCACACUUUUUCAUUCUUCUUUUCUCCAAAAGUCUCUGACCGAAUUUUAGGGACAGCAUUGACUGGAAGUCUCCGAAAGGCGACCUUAUCAAACGUGCGUAUUGGCAUUGUGCUACCAUGGAGACGUAAGUAUCCAUACCCACAAUGACACUCCAGAACCCGUGCAUCAUGCUAAGGAAUGGAAGAACUCUACACCUCGACAUGGAUCUACCACUCACUUCGAUGAUGAAUCUUGAGAAAAAGGUUGAAUUGCCGCUUUUUCUAACCCCUUUCUGUGAAGAAGACUUUAAAGGAGAUCAACAGACGCAUUGGCAAGCCCACAAUUCUUCAGUGCUGGCAUUACGACGAAUUUGUGUUCAGAUACAAAAUGGAAUCCAUGAGAGUAAGCACAUAAAUCAAAAGUUAUAUUCACUAUUAUCGAAUGAAACUGACUCCUUGAAUAAAGUGGCCAAUAUGGACACUAGCUCCCCUUCCACGGAUGCUUUCAGCUUCCUGUCCGCAAGUGGUGUACGACAGCUCGCAUCCUAGCUAACUCAAUGGCGCGGCCUCCUCCCCAGUACCAUCCAAUGGGAUGAAGAUGACCCCGCGAGUUUUCCUGGCGCGCAGACCUCCGGACAACAAAUUGGGAACAUCGAUCCGAAUCUCACAUCACUAGCAUCACAGGAUCCGGGUUCAGCUCUGUUUUCUACUAAUAUCGACGAGGAACCGACUAGGUAUCCUUAUGCGUAUGAUAUACAGGUGGCCGUAUUGAGAACUAGGUUCUACUAUGCCAAAUACAUGGUUUAUCGACCUUUUGUGUACAAGGUUUUGCAUUUUCCAGAAUUGGUCACGCCAGAGGAUGCCCAAAACGUUGCAGAAUGUCUACGCGUAUGUUAUUCUAGCCUUUAGCCUUUACUCUUUUCUCGUUAAUGUCACCACCACCUUACACUUCUAUUAACACCCCAUAUCAGUCUUGUCUCCUUUGGCCCAUCCUGCUCUCCCCUCCAUCUCGCAGCAAACGCCUCAUCCCCUACCUCUUCACCUGGUCUCAAAUCUUCCUUAGCAUCUUACUCAUCGUGCAUCUUUCGAAACACAACACGAUGCUGAAGGAUAUUUGUGAAAACAUGUGUGGGGAACGGUAUCACGAGGAGAUUGAGGACACGGUAGGCCUCAUGCUGGAUUGGAUUCGGGAUUUGAAAGAUGCCGAGGAUCCCAUUGCCGGUUGGUGCUGGAAUAUGCUGAGAGGUAUUUAUUGGUAGGUUUUUCACAUCCAAUUUGUUACUGGACUACUAUCCAACUAGACACCUCGAACGUGGGUGUAGGUGGGGUGCUCGGGAAGAAGAGAAAUUGAUAAGUGAGGUCGAACAAUUUGGACCAUGUAAGGCGAGUUGUGUGACAAGCGGUAGUUUGGAAUGGGGAUGGAUCUGUGGGGUUAAUUUUGACGUUGUGAUGGACUAAUGCGGUGGAUAGAUGAAGGUAGGAAGGUAUGAAGGUAUGCAUGAAACGAACGAACCAAUGAACGAUGUCAUGACAUGAUGAAAUUAUGAUCAUGAAGAAAACAUAUAAAUAUAUAUAGCCAUAUUCAUUUGUCAGAUAAACCAACCAGCGAAAAUAGGCCAAUCCAAAAGAUUACAAGUCUCUAAGAUUACGAGUCUAUCCAUUU